AUGGAUUAUUCUGGUUAUUCCACGGAUAAUUCUGAUACAGAUCAAACAAAUUCAUAUCCACUGAAAGAAAAAUCAACAUCCAAGCGGCAUACUAGACGCAGUCAUCAUCGUAAACGAUUUGGACGAAUGGCAAAAUCGUGGAAAUUUAUGAAAUUACGAAAACUCUGGGAAAGAGACAUGGCUAAACAGAGAAGCAUAUCAGCACCGUUUGUUCCGAUUAAAGCCAAUACUAAAUAUGAAUCUAUGACAGCUAGUUUACUUUUCAUGUUUGCUGUAACUCAGUGUAUAUUUGGCUUUGUAUUACCGAUAUGUGAUUCAUUUGGUAUGAAAGGAUAUAAACGUAACUAUGAAGCAAAUCAUAAGUACUAUUUUGAAAUAUUUCUAAUUUCUCAAUACUGUGGAGCAUUGCUCGUUUUAGCUUAUUUACAAUAUUUAAUUUACAGUGGAACAAAAAAGCAAUUAAGACAAACACUUGUAAAUGAAAUUUUAAAAUCGAAAUCUGGAUGUGAGCUAGUAGGUGAUCAACAUAUGAUAAUUAAUGAACAUCAUGAAUUGAGUGAAUCAAAUAUACUGAUCGCAUCAGAUUAUGCGAAUAAUUCUUCACCAGUUAGUCCAACUGAUAAAUUAUCUGAUAUUGGAUCAACAACAAGUGAACGACAAUUAGCACGAUUAAUUCACAUUUAUAAUGAUAGUAAUAACAAUCAAGAAAAACCUUAUAUAUCAAUACAUCCAGAAGGAAUGAAUUUAUAUAUGCGACUUGGAGCAGUUGGUUUCGGUUUAGGAGUAAUGAUUCAUGAUGGUUUCAAUUUGUCUUCAGUAUGGGAAGUUAGUGAACCAGUAUGUCACAGUAAAUUGUGGAUACCAAAACAUAUAAUACGAAUAAUUUGGGUACUCUGGCAAACAUAUUUUGUAUUCAAAUACCACCGAGUUAUAUUACAUCGUCACCGAGUAACAGUACGUUUAUCUUGUAUACAUUUGGCUACAAUAAAUUUCUGUCAUUGGCUGAAAGUUGUCGUUGGUGAAGUGGCGUUAAGUUUGAAAACACCCGUUCCCUACUCGUCAAUAGUUCAUUCAACUCAUAUUUCAAAUAUUAUCAUUGACAAGCAUAACAUGACCGAUCUUUCAUUUAAUGCUUACAAUGAAAAUACUACUCAAAAUAAUCAUUAUACCAGUAGUAAUACAUUGGCUGGAACAAUCAAUCGUGCUAAUGAUGGUAGUAUACCUAAAAUAUGUCUUGGUUAUUUGGGUGUAACAAUGAAUCCAUUUUUAUUUCCAUUAGCUAUUGAAUAUAGUUUAAUAACUGGAUCAUUCUUUUAUAAAAUGUUACAACGUUUAGAUCAAACAUUUCCAAAAUCAUUUGAUCAUUCAUCCAAUGGUAGUGAUUGUCAUGUGUUAAAUUCAUUAAGUUUAUUAAGUCCAUCACCACCAUCAACAGCGAAUAGUAUUAAUAAAAGUGAAUUUGAUAAAUUUCUGGAAGAUGAUAAUAUCUCAGAACAACAACAACAACAUCAACAUCAGCAACGUCAACAACUACAACAACAACAACAAUAUCAUCCAGAAUGCAAAAAACAUAUGACCUAUAGACCAGUAAUGGGAUGUAAAGUAUUUCUUCCAUUAUUAAAACAAAAUAAAUUACAAAUAAUCAAUGAAGAUUAUACAACAUCUAUAGUUGAAGAAAACAAAGAUAUGUCUGGUGAUCAAAAACCAUCAAAAUUGGAUGCUGGUCAUCAAUGUCAUCGAUCUCAUUCUGGUUUAUUUUUAGGUAUUAUGUUAUUAAUAGCUAGUAUUGUUUGCAUGGUUUUAUUUUUAAUUCGUGGACGUAAUGGCUCUAAACAAUUAGCUGCAUAUAUUUAUCAAAAAUCAAAGCUUGCCUUAUCAUCAAUUAGUUUAUUAGCAUGUGUAAUGGCAAUUUCACAGACAAAUCAAUUGAAAUUUCGUCGUUUAGAACGAGGCGAAAGUUUUGAAUAUAAUUUAUUAACUAUCGGUCUAAUCGGUUGUAUUACAUAUCACAUGUUUUUAUUUAUACCAGCUUUAGAAACUGUCAUACAUAUAAUAAUAUUUCAUUCUUCAAGUGGUUUAAAAGAUCGUUUCGAUGUUGAACAAAUGAACGAUGAUUUUAAUGAAUUUGCAUACUUAAAAAAUACCACACGUGAUUUCGACGUAACCAGUGAUCAUAUUCAAUAUACAGCAAUGUUAUAUUUAGCUAAGUGUACAUUAGAAAUAUGUCAAGCAUUAUUACAAUUCUUUUUCAUUGUUGAAACAUCAAGACGUAAAGUGUGUUGUAUAAAUCAAGCGAUAAUCAAACCAGGACGUUCAGUAAUAGUAUUUUUAUUAAUAUGUAAUUUAGCUUUAUGGCUUGUUAAUACAUUUGAAGUGAGAAGUGCCGAAACACAAUUACCAUUAUACAGACAAUAUUUCGGUGUACGUACAUGGUCUGUUAUUACUUAUUGUUUUAUUCCAUUGAUUAUAUUUUUCCGCUUUCAUUCAACUGUAUGCUUAGCUGAAUUAUGGACAAAAUUAUAUCAACUAAGAUAA